UCUGGUAUUUGGUGGCCAUAAUCACUAUGUGUUAUGUCACUGCGGUCAGAAUGAACGUGUUUGUGUUUUUAUUGUUGUUUGUAAAGAUUUUGUGCGUGACCGGCAAGUACAAUUGGGAUUAUAAAGGAUACAAAGUCUACAAUGUGGACCUGAAGACCGAAGACCAAGAAAAGCAGUUCCAUCGGCUGAAGAGUGACGCCGUGGACUAUUGGCGGAAACCCUCAGUAAAGCAUGGUGUGGUGGGCCAAGCUAUGGUGCCGCCUUCCCAUGAAGAAUGGUUUGAAGAACAGCUCGAGUUAUUGGGGGUAGAAAAAGAUAUCGCUAUUGAAGAUGUUUAUGAUUAUUUAGCCGAGAAAGACUCAAAUGUGGUGAGAAUAGCUCGCAAUGAUGCUGACGGCGGUGCUUCUGAUGAUAAUGGCCCUGAGGAUGAUGACGACAUUGAAGACAGUGGCGAGCAAGACAUUGGCUCUGAAGAAAAUGUCUCUGAGGACGAUGACGACGAAUCUGUGGAUGACUUUGAUUUUACGGAUUACUAUCGGUAUGAUAAGAUUCUCGCCCAUUUAUACCGCCUACAAGAAUCUUACACUAAUUCAACUACUUCCUUAGAAGUUAUCGAAUUUGGUCGCACUGAAGAAAACCGACCUUUAGUUUAUUUGAAACUAACAAACAUGAACAAUCAGAUAGACAUACAAAAACCCGUUAUAGUGGUCGAAGCAGGGAUUAUACCUCGAGAAUGGAUUACUAUACCCGUUUCUUUCUAUGUGGUUGAAAAAGUUUUGGAUGAAGCUACGUUUUUGGAUGACUUUGAAUGGGUGAUCAUUCCUGUAUUGAAUCCUGAUGGAUACGAGUACACGCAUACUAAUCUUCGUUUCUGGACCAAAUCCAGGAGCACCAACAGCAACUUGGGCUUCAUCUGCCCCGGAGUGAACAUCAACCGUAACUUCGACAUCGACUGGUUGAAUUUCGAUUCCAGCUCCAGUGCUUGCAGCCACCUCUUUGCUGGAGUCAGUCCUUUCUCAGAAAUCGAGAGCCAACUCGUACGAUUCAUCAUCGAAGAGUUUGGAAGUCGAUUGAGGAUGUAUAUCUCUUUGCAAAACACAGGAGGCUUCAUUUCAUAUCCUUGGCAUUACGAAAGGGCUGCCAGUGGGAUGUUCAGACAACACCUGCUCUUAGGCAGGGACAUGUUAGCUGCUAUGGAAGAUGAAUACUCCUUAGAUAUUGCUGCAGAAGCUACAGGCGACAGAGUUUCAGGAACGAGCACAGAUUAUGCUAGAAAUGCAACUGUAUUAUACACUUUUAAUGUAGAUGUUGUGCCUAGAGGCACCGAUGCAGUUUUAGUACCGAAGGAAGAAAUAGUCGAUAUUGCAGAAGAUGUGUUUAGAGCUGUGUCUGUGGCUGCCAAUGGUGUACUUUGA